UGUACAAUGUUGGCUGAGGAGUUGCAGCGCGAAUAAUUGGUGUUAAACACCCUCCUUCAUUUUCUUUAUUGCGAUUAUUUCUCUGUUUUCACAUAUUUUCCCUCCUGGCGCGGAAGGAGUCGGAGCCUUGCCGGAGCUCCGUGUUUUCAAAGCGUGAAAUAGUCGGUGUCAGGAGGACUACUGUUUUGUUGAUGUCAUCGGCGGCAGAGCUGUAGCGACCUUCAAUUUCCAAGCAAGCCCGGGAUAAAUAAAGACUCGGUGUGGGGUGUUUUCGUCCUCUUUGUUUUGUUUUCUUUGCCGGUGACACGAGCAACGACGAUGGGACUCUUGCUGCACUGUGCUCUGCUGUUAUCUCUUUCUACUUUCGCAGCCGGUUUAGAUUUUCAGCCGGGAUCCCACACCUCCGGACAGUCGGUUUUUGUGAAGCGUUCAAACACCGGAGAGGAGAAAGCUGCGAAAAUCGUAAAGAGGUCUCUGCCCGCAUGGCUCAUUCCAUCACCAAAUCACAAGAUUAAACGGAGGAGCACCGACCAGGGCGACUCCUGCCAAGCUCUUCAAGAAUAUGGCACCAAGUUAGCAGACAACACCCACCGUUACACCUUCAAUGACCUGAGUGGUUCAGUGUCGCUGGCCUGGGUUGGAGAUGGCACGGGGGUCAUCCUGGCUUUGACCACUUUUCAGGUGCCCUUCUUCAUGAUAAGACUUGGGCAGUCCAAACUUUAUCGAAGUGAGAAUUAUGGGAAGUCAUUCCAGGAUGUCACCAACCUCAUCAACAACACCUUCAUCAGAUCAGAGUUUGGCAUUGCUAUCGGCCCCGAGAACUCUGGGAAAGUGAUCCUGACAGGUGACGUGUCCGGAGGUCACGGGUCUCGGAUCUUUGUCUCUGAUGACUUUGGGAAAAGUUUCACCCACAGGGACCUGCCCUUCAUCCCCCUGAUGCAGAUCACAUACAACCCUGAUAACUCCAAAGUGCUGCUGGUCCUCAGCAACAACAAUGAAAUGUGGCUGUCUGAAGAUUUUGGCAGCAACUGGAAAAAGGUGCAUGACAUGGUGUGUCUGGUGAAAUGGGGAAGGAAGAAUACCAUCUUCUUUACAGCCAGCCUCAACGGAUCCUGCAGUGAUCGGGGAAUGCUGGAGCUGAGGAGGACGACAGACUAUGGUAAAACCAUCAAGACUGUGGCCACUAAGAUCUACUCUUUUGGCCUGGGUGGACGCUUCCUCUUUGCCUCUGUAAUGACGGGCAAGGGGACUCUGAGGAUGAUCCACGUGUCAGUGGACCAGGGUGAGACGUGGAACAUGGCCCAGCUGCCCCCUGUUGGCCACGAGCAGUUCUACUCCAUCCUGGCAGCGAACGAUGAAAUGGUCUUCAUGCAUGUUGACGAGCCGGGAGAUACAGGCUUUGGUACCAUUUAUGUAUCAGAUGACCGGGGCACCGUGUACUCUAAGUCACUGGAGCGGCACCUUUAUACCACCACGGGUGGUGAUACAGACUUCACCAACGUCACCUCCCUGCGUGGAGUUUUCAUCACCAGUGUCCUGGCUGAAGGUGACUCUGUGCAGUCUGUGGUGUCUUUUGAUCAGGGAGGAGAAUGGGUUCCCUUGAGGAAACCUGCCAACAGCAAGUGUGAUGCUACUGCCAAGGACCCAGAGAAGUGCAGUCUCCACAUCCACGCAGCGUACAGCACUGCCAUGAGGCUGAAUGUCCCCAUGCUGCCUCUGAGUGAGCCAAAUGCUGUGGGCCUCAUCUUAGCUCAUGGGAGUGUUGGUGAUGCCAUCUCAGUGAUGAGGCCGGAUGUGUAUGUGUCUGAUGAUGGAGGGUACACCUGGAUAAAGGCCCUCGAUGGACCUCAUCACUACGCCAUCCUGGACUCUGGAGGACUGCUGGUGGCUGUGGAGCACAGCCCCAAUCAACCUGUCAACCAGAUCAAGUUUUCCACCGAUGAAGGACAGUGCUGGGGCGUGUACAACUUCACCGACGACCCCAUCUACUUUACUGGGCUGGCAUCAGAGCCGGGAGCUCGCUCUAUGAACGUCAGUGUCUGGGGCUACAGAGACUCCCUCCUCAGCCAGUACUGGAUCUCCAUCACCAUUGACUUCAGGGAUCUACUCACCAGAGACUGUGACGACAAUGACUAUGUGCAGUGGUUGGCACACUCGGAUGACAUCAGCGACCCCAACGAUGGCUGCAUGCUUGGCUACAAAGAGAAGUUCCUGCGUCUCAGAAAGGACUCUGUUUGCUGGAACGGACGAGAUUACCAGGUCAACACCCAGCCGACCCCGUGUCCGUGCACCCUGGAUGACUUCCUGUGUGACUUCGGAUACUACCGUCAGGAGAACAGCUCGGUGUGUGUGGAGCAGCCGGACCUGAAAGGAAAAGUGCUGGAGUUCUGUCUGCACGGCAAAGAGGAGCAACUGCAGACUAGUGGCUACAGGAAAAUCCCCGGAGAUAAGUGUGAGGGAGGAGAGAUGCCUGAGCGUAAAGAGAUUGACCUCAGUAAGAGGUGUGUGAGCGACCUGGUGGGCCCAGAACUUCUGAUAGACAGUCACUCCUCCAAGUCUGUGCCCGUUGUGAUAACAGUCAUCAUCAUCAUCAUGCUGCUGAGCGUCGCAGCAGGAGUCGUCUUUGUCAAGAAAUAUGUGUGUGGCGGCAGGUUCUUGGUUCACAGGUACUCCGUGCUGCAGCAGCACGUUGAGGACAAUGCUGCCGAGGGGAUAGACGAACCGCUCGAGACCAACCACACUCAAAACGGCAAGAUAGAGUUUCACGACGACUCAGAUGAGGACCUGCUUGAAUAGCAGGCACAACCUGUCAUGCAACUAAGCAACGGGUUUCCAGUCCUGCCCGUGGACGGCCGCUGUUCCUGUCACUCUUUUGUCUCCAGCUACUUCUUCCUUUCACCUUCUAGUAUGAACUUUGGCCUCAGCUACCAGACGAAGAGUCUGUGUCACUCUGCUGUCAUCUGUGAAGUAUAAUGAAUGUACGGAGGCGUCCUGGGACUAAUGCACAGUUGAGGAGAACUAAGGAGGUCUUGUAGUGUUGUGCUUCAGUUAUUGAUUCUAUUGAUUGAGUUUGAAUCUUCAAGUUAAACGAAGAACUGAUGCAGUAAUUUGAACUGCUUACAGAGCCAGAGUAAUGGGUUUUGAAGAAAAGCGAUUUGUAUAAAUUCACCACCAUUGCAUUACGGGUCCUGCCUCUCCCGUCACCUGGGAGUGCUCCUGGAAAUACUUUUCACUUCUGUUGAAGCUCUGUGUCCUUUUUCUCAUGCACUUGUACAUAAACCUGUUUUUUUCUUCUUCUUUUUUUUUUUUUGUUGCCAUUUUUGACGUGGUAUCAGUUUGGAAGGUGUUAAAAAGAUUGCUGUAGGAAGCUGGUAAAUAACUCUCCCAAACCACUCGAGUCUUAAUCCCUACUUUUAAUAAUUAUUUGUCUGUCAAAAAGUGUCUGGACGGCCAAGAAUACAUAAAUAUUAGGUAUUUCAGCCUCCUCUCUUGGCACUGAUUUAUGAAAUCCCUCGUUCUAGUCUGUACAUGGAAUACAAGCCUGCAUACUUUAGGUACUCCAUGGUGUUGAGAUCCAUGGUCAAAGUAAUAAGACACAAGUGGACAUUUCCAUUUGCAUUAGGAUUGAUAGCAAUAACAUGUUUAGAUCCAGUAUAUUAUCCAUGCACGGUAAAUAACCCUAUUGGCAGAAUAUCUCUUAAGGUCUCCACUUGCUCCAUUCGAUGAAUGGAGACGUUUUUGUGUGUAACACAUUAUGCAUCAGUGUAUAGGGUGGUAAAGUGUGUCUGUUUAAAGACAGGGUUUGUUAAAACAUUAAUGUCUGCAGUUCUAACUGCCUAAAGCACAAGGUCCUUUGUAUGCUAAGAGUUUGUAGUUUAACAUUUUUCCUAAAUGUGACGUAACGAUAAAUGUGAUAAUACUGUAAUAAUCACUGUAGUCAUAUACGAGUUGUGUUUAUAAUCAUUCGAGCCGUUUUUUGUACUAACAAACUUUUAAACUUCCGUGGCAAAUGACAAAGAUGUUAAGAAAUGGCUCAAAUAACUAUAGUUUGAUAGUAAAUGUCAACAGAUAUUUUUUACGACGCAUUCAGAUAACCCAACACUCCAGUGUAAUUUGGUGACAGAAACACAGGAGCAAUUCAAUAAUGUAAAUGUUGUAUAGCAUAAUUAACACUGUAGCCUAUUAGUUAACAGACAUGGUUCUAUAAGCUGCAACACCAUGCGAGACUGUUGGGGUUUUUCUUUCUUUUGGUAUUUGCAUCUGCUGGAACAAACACUUAAAAUAACUGGAUUAUGGAAAGUCUCUCAUCGGGCUCUUUUUGGGUAAACUGCUGUUUUUUUUCUGUUUAAUCACUGCUGUCAUUUUGAAGCUAAACUGGAAUGGCCAAUGCCUCUCUACAGAUCUGUCUUCAUCAGAUCAUGUCAAGUCUUACAGGAUUUUUUUUUUUCUUUUAAACAUUUGUUGCACAAUCAUUUGUCUGUCUUGUUUUAAAUGUGUUGCUUUCAUGCAGGUUUUAUUUAUUUGUGACUAGCAGGUUUGGAGUGCAGUAAACUGGAUGUGGUUAUGCAAGUGCCUGGUGUGAGAACAUGAUGUGAGGCCCUUCCAAUGUGUGGCCAGCAUCUAUUUACUGAUAAUUAUUUAUAUCAACUCAUGUGUAACCAGUUUCAUCCAGUACAGCAGUGACAUCCCGUAGCUGCACUUGUUGACAAAGAUGAAGUCUGUUUCAUGUGGGCUCCCAUUGAACUGCAUGUUAACUCCACAGAGCUCCAUAAAGAAAGGAGCCUAAUAAUAAUAUAAUAACCUGGUUAUUCUCUCUUUUCUGCCUUGGCAUGAGACUACAUUCAGGCUGUGAUAACUUGACAAGAGAGUCAACUCAAAUAAAAAACACAGAGUGGAUACAGGGUUAUUAUGCAGCUGCUAUACACUGGGAGAUUGCUGAGUUCUUAUUUAAAGAGGGUUUAUUGCAUUAAGUGAGGGUAACACAUUUUCUUACAGUUUAAAACUGCUGUAUAAAUUAAUAAGUCAUUGUGAUGGUUCUGUAAAUAUACAAGGUUACAUCUUUGUAUCUGCUAUGUUUCUCUCUUCUGUAUAUUUGAGGCAAUUUUCUUUGGGUUUGCCAAUAAAUUCAUACGUUCCUCUA